AUUUUUGAUGUGAAAACGAGCUUAAAAUCACCUCCACAGCUCACACACACAUCUCACCCUGUCCAAAAGCUUCUAUCUUGUUGGAGCAAAAAAUUCCGAUCGGCGAGAGAAGCAAAAGCCCCUGAUCGGCUUCACUCCCAUCAAUUCAGAGUGUUAAGAUAGAAUGGCAUCAAAACUGAAGCAAUUGCAAUCAAAAGCAUGUCAAGCUUCACAGUUCUUGUCUAAACAUGGAACCACUUACUACAAGCAAAUGUUGGAGCAGAACAAACAAUAUAUUCAGGAGCCUGCAACUGUUGAGAAAUGCAAUGAACUGUCCAAACAGUUGCUCUACACUCGUCUUGCCAGUCUUCCGACACGUAACGAAGCAUUCUGGAAGGAACUUGAGCAUGUGAAGAGUUUAUGGAAAAACAAACAAGAAUUGCAUGUGGAACAAGCGGGAAUUGCAGCUUUGUUUGGGCUGGAAUGCUUUGCAUGGUUUUGUGCUGGUGAGAUUGUUGGAAGGGGGUUCACAUUCACCGGUUACUAUGUCUAAGUUUUGUUUGUUGGGAAAUUUUUGAGGGUGAGAUAGGAUGCAUGAAAAAUGCAGUUGCAAUUUGCAUCAAUUAAUAAUUUGCAUAUUUGGAAUUCAUGAUAAUAUGUGUAAUGACUUAUAAGAUUUGAUUGUUUUUUUGUUUUGCUAAUUUAAUCUCAUCUUUUGGGUUUUGUAGAAAGAUAA